AUGCCUCAGAGCAUUGUAAAAACUCACGGCAACUUCACGGACAUAUUCAACAAAUGGCUUGCGUCGGGCACUCGGAAGUUAAACUCUAAGAGAGUACCAUCCGAGAGACUCGUCGUCAAGACUAGCAGGUGGCAGGUGCUCGAUGGGUUGUAUCCCAAAGACCUCGCUGACAUUGAUGCACUGAUCGUCACUGGCUCUGUAUGCAGCGCCUACGACGACCUUCCCUGGAUCAAUACGUUGGAGAGAUUCAUCAAAGAUGUCCAUGAAACCCAACCGGCUAUCAAGAUAUUUGGCAGUUGCUUCGGCCACCAGCUCAUAGCUCAGGCGUUGCUUGGACGCUACGGUGUGCACGUCGAGAAAUCCAACAACGGGUGGGAGAAUGGCGUCCACGACGUUACACACACACAAGAGUUUAUUCGGUCUUUCCCCUUCUUAAGAGGCGAGCGCAUGAGCUAUCAAUUCGUGCAUCAAGAUCAUGUCGUGGCGGAAUCGCUACCAUCGGGCUGGGUUUCAAUUGGUUCGUCGGACAUGUGCAAAACACAAGGGCUUUUUCAGCGAGGCAGAGUCUUGACCUAUCAGGGCCACCCAGAAUUUGACGGUCGCAUCUUGUAUUACUUCAUGGAGACACUGGGAAAGGCUGGAAUCAUCGAUAACGAGACCUACGAGACUUCCUUGAAGCUUAUAGAGAAGGAGUAUACCAGCACCUUGGCGGCUGAGGUUGUCUUGCGGAUUCUCGUUGGUUGCGGACCUGAGCUGGAAUUUUCGGCUGUCGCUUUCGGUUACAGGGCAACUGUCCAUCUCGCCACCAACAUGUCAUAUGAUAACCCUGCGACCCGCAUUCAAGGCGCAUCUACAUGGAGACCACAGGAUGCAGGUAUGAGCGUCAUGAAACCUACGAUUGCACCCGAAGCACGUGCCCAGACUCGAGCCGUGGCAGAGGGGGAUAACCGGCAAGGUGGUCCGCAUGCAGUGGCAGACGACGAACCCAUCAGACCAACCAGAUCAACCAGCUCAUCCCGGAGUUCCAGGAAACCCAAGAGGCGUGCCCAGCCUGGCCUUCUUGAGCGCAUCAAGGAUAUGGUCGUAUUGGAGUACAAGGAUACCCUCCUAUUCUACUCCAGGCUUCUCAACAAGCGUUAUUAUCUAUUCGCUCACAUCAUCUUCACGAUUGGCCAGGCCAUCAGAUUAGUUGUAGGGAGUAUUUGGUCCGCUUUCUUCCAGCUACUUGUCUGGAUACUCACCCUGGCGGUUCUGGCGAUUGAUGCCAUUCUCGCCAAGAUAUGGAGUAUGCUUUUCUGUAUUCGCUGGAGGGAAAUUGCAAUGGUAUUCUCCAUUGUCUUUGGAUCGCGUAUUCCACUUCAUCUCUGGGACACGGUUCCGCAUUACCUCGGCGUCUGUUACUGGUUAAUUUACUUGACAUGGAGUGGGAUGUUUUUCUGUUCAUGGUAUGCCAGACCAGAGUCAUGGGAUAUCCACUUUACCGUGCCGACGAGCUCGGCAUCGGUCUGGAACACUGUCACACAUCCAUGGCUCUGGCAGAUCUUUGCGUGGAGCGUCAUCUUCAAUUCGGACGCCUACCGCGCACCUGGUCCCGCCCCCCCGUACCGCAAGUAG